AUGUCGGCCAUCUACGAGAACUUACGGCAGCUGAUUACUGUUGUAGAUGAACUGCGGGAUGUUGGCCUGCAGCACUACAUCAGUCUGCCGCGCAUUGCUGCAAUUGGCACGCAAAGCAGUGGCAAAAGCUCUUUGAUCGAGUCGAUCGUCGGCUUGGACUUCCUUCCCCGGGGCGGCGGAGUCGUGACGCGUCGCCCCUUGGAGUUGCGCCUCGUGCACCUGAACACCCAGGAGUAUGCUGAAAAUGAGGCAUGGGCAGUUUUCGACAAGGUCGGCGACAAGAAGUUCACGAACUUCAAUGACGUCAGGGAUGAGAUUGAGCGACAAACUGACCAAGUGGCUGGAUCUAACAAGGGCAUCGUGAAUGAUCCCAUCAUUUUGACGAUCUAUGCUACUGGAGCCCCAGAUCUUACUCUCAUUGACCUGCCGGGCAUCACGCGUGUGCCAGUGAAAGGCAGUGAUCAGAAGGAUGAUGUGGAGAAGGUGACCCGGGACAUGACUCUCCACUACAUCAAUGAUCCUCGCACCAUCGUCUUGGCAGUUUUGCCCGCCAAUCAGGACAUGUCUGUUUCGGACUCCCUGCAACUUGCACGUCAGGUUGACCCACAAGGUUUGCGAAGCUCAGCUGAAGAGUGA